ACAGCACGCACACACACACACACACACACACACACACACACACACACACACACACACACAAACACACACACACACACACACACACACACACACAAACACACACACACACACACACACACACACACACACACACACGCCAGAACACGCACGCGCAGCCGGGACACAAGCCUCGACAUCAUUUCUCUGGUGUUCAGACAGAGAGCAGCAGCAGCAGCAGGACGGGGAUUCCGCAGCGGCUCCAGGAGGCUGUGAGGUGAGGAGAUAGCGGUGGUUUUUACAAGAAGUGAAACUGAACAUCACCCCGCUCUGAAACGGCUCGUCAGUAAAACUACAGAAACUGGUGUUCUGUUGUUCUGUGGCUCCAAGAAGAAGCUGAAGAGAAAAUCAGGACCUGUAAAGACACUCUGAAAAGAACAUUCAUGUGAUUUUGUGCCUUUUUGUACCUCAGUUUUUGGAUUUUAACAGAUUUUAACUUUUUUUUUUUUAUUUAUAUAUAUUUUUGUUCUGGAACUAGAAGGGAAACUGAGGGAAACUGGAACGACUGGUUAAAAACGAGCCACCAGCAGAUCCAUCAUGUCCUAAAGCUGAAGUGUCCUCAGUGUAAAAGCCGUGACGGGGACAGGGGACGUAGUGGGGACGUAGUGGGGACGUGGACGUAGUGGGGACGUGUCUCCAUCAUGCUGCUGAAGAGGAAGCUCUGCAUCGCCGCCUCGUUUUGUGGCGUUGUGUUUUUCAUGUUUGCGACGCACACCAUUCAGAAAAACAGUGUUCUAAACGUUCAGAUGGAGGCUCCGCCCACCACGCCCCGCCCCCAGCUAAAGAACCACACCCGCGCCCGGGUCCAGACCCCGCCGGUCCGGCGCCGUACCUGCAGCUGCUCCACCUGUAUAUCAGAUCCAGGCGAGUCUGAUUGGUUCGACCGGCGAUACGACUCCUCCCAGCAUCCCUACCUAACCAAUCAGGACCAACCUAUAGACCCAACUGCAUUAAAGUGGUGGCUGGCUCUGCAGAGGUCAGUGGACGGGACGAUGGAGGAGGUGAUGAGGAAGAUGUUCUCCGUGAUUUCUCCACCUCCGGGGGAGGAGCUGAAUCCGGCCGGUCGCUGUCGGACCUGCGCUGUAGUCGGAAACUCAGGAAAUCUGCGGGACUCUAAAUACGGAGAGCUGAUAGACGCCCAUUCCAUCGUCUUUCGGAUGAAUAAAGCGACGACGGUGGGGUUCGAGCGAGACGUGGGGAAUAAAACCACUCAUCACUUCAUGUACCCUGAGAGCGCCGUGGACCUGCAGCCCGGCGUCCACCUCGUCCUGCUGCCCUUCAAACUGCGGGACCUGCAGUGGGUCACCAGCGCUCUGUCCACCGGAGAGAUUAAAACGACGUAUACCCGAGUGAAGGAACGAGUUCAAGCUGAGAAAGACAAGAUAAUUGUGGUGAAUCCAGGUUUUUUUAAGUACACUCACGAUCACUGGACCGAGCACCACGGGAGAUACCCGUCCACCGGGAUGCUUGCGAUAGUGUUCGCUCUUCAUCUCUGUGACGAGGUCUCUGUGUUUGGUUACGGUGCAGAUUUACAGGGUAAUUGGCAUCAUUACUGGGAGGAGAACAGGUACGCCGGAGCGUUCAGGAAGACCGGGGUUCACGACGCCGACUUCGAGAGUAAAAUCAUCCAAACCUUAAACUCAGAGAGAAAAAUCAAACUUUACCCCCAAACAGAGAAACUCUCCGAUCCUGAACUGAGAGAAAGGAAUGAAUGAACGCAGUGAGGCAUGCUGGGACGUGAGAGAGAGAGAGAGAGGCCAAAGAGGAGAGACACACCUGUGAUCACCUGAUAUUACCUGACCACUGUGAGCCACGCUGAACCAAACCCCGCCCCCUUUCCUAAAGACCAAACACACC